GUCUUAAGAUAGCUGUAAACUUUUUUUUUCCUUUGUAAAAAAAAUAUUUCAACAUUGUAACCUCCUAGUUUUAAGAUAUCCAAAAUGUAAAAACAUAAGCAUUUGGCACCGCCAAGCUAACGCAUUUGUGCCUAUCAAAUAAACGAAAUGAAUAAAAAAAAUUGAAUUAAAGUUGAGUUGAUGUAGCAGCAGACAAAAAAUAGUUUUGUUUUCUCAAACCUUCGCAAUUACAAUUAAUAAAUAUUUCAGAUUGGCAGAAGAUCUUAUCACACAACUUAGAAAUGCAUACAGAAAUAGCUAGAUAGAUGCGAUAGAAGAGAGACAGAGAGAGAAAGAGAGAGAGAGAGAGAGAGAGAGAGAUGGGGGGGGGGCGUGUGAGGAAUGGCAAAUGAUGGUUAAUGCAGUGACAUUAUUUUUAUAGGCAUAUUAUUAUGAUAUAUUGAUUCUUACAUUCUUAUCAUAAAUAAUGUAAGUAGUAAUUUUUGCUCCAUAACCAGUAUAACCUAAAUCUUGCAAAAGAGCUAAAUUUUCGCUAGAUUUUUGGGCUUCAAACAUACAGUUGCUAUCGGUGACGCCACAAGUAUAAUUAUAUUAGAAAUCUUUUAUCUCACUACUAGGUGAAUUACUUGUUGAUCUGUGUAUUGAUAUACCAUCCAACAUUUACCUCAUGAUUGAACGCAAUGCCUAAUCCAAGGAAUAAAUACUAGAACUCACUGUUUCUUUAUCAACGCAUUAUUUUGUCUUUGAAGUGAACUUAUAUAUUGAUUUUUGAGAAAUAGUUCAUUUAUUGUAAAGGUAAUUCACAAAAUAUUCUCAACAUCGAAUUCCUUGAAUCACGUAGAUGUGUUUUCAUACCCCGAUAUUCAAAAUCGGUUUAGUUUUGCCCCUAAAACACCAGUAAAGCAAUACUCUGUAUGAAACAAUCUUAUUUUUAAUUAGUGGAAAUUGGUAAACGAGGACUAAAAAUACAAAAUGUCUAAUAUCUCCGCUCGUGCACUUAUUUAGACAAUCUAUAGCUUGUUAGAAAGGUAUUUUUACAAGCUUUCUAUUUAUGUACAGUUUGUGGGACAAUAUUGUAUUGUUCGAAAGUUAUUUGCAAAAAACCUGCUGUGUUUUGACAAAAUCGCCCAAAUCUCAGAAAGUAAACAACAUAUCGAAAAUCAAAAAUAAUAGUGGGCCGUAUGAAUAAAAAGUAGUAACUUUAAGUUUGCUACAUUUUUGGUAGUAAAUACUAUAUGUGGGAUAUUCUCGUAUGAAUAAACGUUACUUUUCUACACUACAUGUUUCGAACAUCCUACAAACAGCUAAUUUCGCAUGAAUAAAACUAGUUUUUACCUACAGUUCACCGGUAACUUGAAACAAAUUUGUGAGGUUAAAUUUGAUUAAGUUUAAAUAUCCGAAAUGAAUCUUAAUGCAGCUUUGUUGAUGAAUGUUAAUACUAGAAAAGAGAAAACAUUUUGCGCUCGUCGAGCAGAUUGUGAAAAUUUUAAAGCGCUUCACCGAUUCACAAACGAAAACGUACAUUGGUUGACAGAUCAUUUUCUUUGUGAUCAAGAGGACACUAGAGGAGGAGGUCUCAGUAAUUUUCAAAAAAUGAAAACUUUUUUGCGAUAUGUGGGUGAUCCAGGAUUUCAGGUUGGUGUUGGAGAGGAUAUCGGGAUCCAUCAAACGACAGUUUGCAAAAUUAUCUGGCACGUUUGUCAACAAAUAAUUGAUAAAUCAAACUACUGGAUUCAAUUUCCGUCGACCGAAGAACAGUUUCGUAAGGCCAAAAAUGCCAGGAGCCGCAGGGGAAAAAUUCCAAAUGCAAUUGGAGCCAUCGAUUGUACCCACGAGCACAUCGUACGACCGCAUAAUCAUCCCGAUGAAUUCAUCAACAGAAAAGGAUUCGCAUCAUUUAAUGUCCAAGCAACCUGCGACGCUAAUGAUAUUUUCACCAGUAUCGAUUGUUCUUGGCCUGGUUCCGUUCACGAUUCUAGGAUCUGGAAGAAUUCGGAUAUUCAUAGAAUUAUGUUUGAGAAUACUAUAGGAGCUCUUCUUCUGGGCGAUGAAGGUUACGCUAUUGCUCUGUGGAUCAUGACACCGUAUAGAAAUCCUGAUACUCCAGUUAGAAUGCACUAUAAUAAAAUUUUUUGCCGAGAACGCGUUGUUAUCGAAAGGGUUUUCGGACAGGUUAAAACACGUUUCCCAUUUUUGCAAAACGCAGUGCGCAUGGCUACGUAUCGAGUGCCAUCAAUGAUUCUUGCAUGCUUUGUGCUGCAUAAUGUUGCAAAACACCUCAAAGAUGAAGAUUUCUAUAGCGAUGAAGACAACAACGAUGAAGCGAGUGUUACUGAUACAAAUGAAUUUUAAAACAAGGAAUUCAAUAGUAAUAGUUUUUUAGGAAAUAUUUACAGUUAUCUUAAAACUAACAAUAUAGUUUGGUACACAAAAGGGGGAACAAAUAUUUAUGAAAAAUUUCACAGAUGUUUUAAAACUAGGGAUACAAUUCUAUUUACAAGACGGGGGACAAUAGUUUUAACAAAGAGUAGAAAUUACAACUAUCUUAAAACUAGGAAUACGGAAUACAAAUUUGAUUUUUUUUUAUCGGAUACUUAUGCUUGGUCAUUUCCAAAAUCGGUGUAGAAGUAGUUGUAUCAAGGACAGGGGAGAGAAGGCGUAGAUGGUGACCGGUAGAGAAGAGCAAAACUUGCAACUUUCAGGCAAACGGGAGAUCAGCGAAACAAAUUUGCGCCUCAGUCUAGUAGGUCGGAUUGGCGGAUGGUAUUCUUCGGACCCGCGGGGAAUCCUUCAAAGGGAAUCCUUCGGACCUCGAGUCGAGCUCGCUUCAGAUUCCGUAGUGAUAAGGGCGACGGCGGUUACAUAGUGGCAGUCUGCAGCUUAUCGGUUCCACACGGCAAGAGGAAACUUCUAAAAACGAGAAAUAAAAGAGAGGGGCUAA